AUGCACGUUAAUCCCACCUCUUUAACUCCACAACCCAUGAUAGCGAUACUAAAAGGAAGUUCACGGGUGCCACGGGUCCGACAGUUGGCCGCGGUGACGCAAAAACGCCGAUAUUCCGACUUCUCCAUCCACGACAUCCCCGCCAAGCUACUCAACGAGCGAAUUGUGCACGUGGCCGGCCCCAUAGACGACUCCAUGGCCACCUCGGUGGUGGCGCAAUUGCUCUAUCUGGAACACAAAUCGGCUCAGAAACCGAUCCACAUGUAUAUCAACUCGCCCGGAGGCGCCGUGACGGCCGGGUUCGCCAUUCUCGACACUAUGAACUACAUCCGAAGCCCCGUCCACACCGUCUGUCUCGGCCAGGCCGCCAGUAUGGCAUCAUUACUACUCACCUGUGGCGCGCCCGGCAACCGCAUCAUGACCCCAAACUCGACAAUCAUGACACACGAACCACUGGGAGGCAUUGUUGGCAGCAGUAAGCUGGUGGAGCUGCACACAUUCCACUUGCAACGGAUCCGAACCCGAAUCAUCCAACUGUACUACGAUAGCAUGAAACUGGGCCUGGAGGGAAGACUGAAGGAGGAAGGAGCAGAGGAGACUCAUGAGGCGGCAGAACCGACCCCGUUGAUGUCGUUGUUGUCGUCGGACCGAUCCUGGAUCGAUACCAUCAACCAAAAGACCCUGACCCACUCGCUAGUAGACACUCUCAUUGGUCUUGAUCAGUUCUUCAACGCCGACGAGGCUUUGAAGCUGGGACUGGUCGAUCGGAUUCUCAAGACCAAAGGCGAAUAG